UAGUAUUAUGUUUACUAUGCAGUAUUUGAGCAAGCGAGUAUCGUGACUCGACAAACUUCAUGAAAUUGUGUAAUGUAUGAAGCACAAUAUAUAUAUAGAUUUUAAUUUUCAUUUUGAUACCGUAUUUUGAUUAUAUUACAUACAACGCGAUAUUGUUUGAAUGAGCCUGCUUUAACAGAAGAACUAUUUAAUGUUAUGGCUUGUCCAAAGCUUGUCUCAGACUUUAGUACUCCAGAACUGAAGUGGUAUCAAACGGAUCUCACAGUCGUUAUUCGUAUUCAAAUAAUUGAUAUACAUGAUUAUUAUCUUCUAGUUCAACCUGAUCAUUUGAUUUUUAGCACAACAUCAAAUGACAAAAAAUACUGUCUUAUUUUAUAUUUUUAUGGAGGAGUGAUACCAGAAAAAACAGUACACAAGAAUUUUGGGAGGGAAAUUAAGGUCUAUCUUACAAAGACACUCAAAUGGUAUUCAUGGCUAAGAUUGACUAUGUCCAAAGAAAAAAGUCCACUUAUAUCCUAUGAUCAAGAAAAUUUAUGUGCAAACCAACCACAAAAAAAAUAUAUAGUCAAAGUAAGAGAGGAUUUAGAAUGGAAAAAUGAUCAGGAACAAUACAUAUUACCUUAUGAUGAAUCUACCGAGGAUGAAUCUGAGGACGAUGAUUCCUUAUUUGAUUUAUAAAUAUUUCCAAUACAUUUUUUAAUAUGUUUGUGAUAUAAAAAAAGUACAGUGUGUUUGUGAU